AAGCUUUUCCUGGGAGGUCCCAGGAAAGGGUUGGUAUUUGGGUAUUUGUUGUGCUGUGUUGUGCGUGGGAAGAACGCACCGCAACGUUGGUUGCAGGAUGCAGCGGUUAAGGAGCUCUUUCUUAGGUUCAGUGUCGGCGGCUAACCUUAAACGAAAAUCUCUUAAUUCAUGGGCUGCCGUCCAGGACACUUAUUUUUCCACCAAGGAUACGUUUGAGAGGCACCGUGUCGUCUUUGCAAUUGGAACUUCCAUUGCAUCAGUUGCAACUGCUGUCUUCGGUUACUCCUUGCGUCAUUUACAUGAAACCAAAGUUGAUCAAAGGCUUCAAUCCAUCGAAGAUGCUAUGAAAAACAACACUAAUCUUCAACAUUCAGAAAUCAAAGACAUUGUUGGUUCCGGAGGUUGCAGUAUUCCUGCUUGUCUCGCCACUGCUGGAACCACCUUUGUUAUCGGGUAUGGCCUGGGAUGGAGAGGUGGAAUCUGGUAUGCAACUAAGAAGUUCAGAAAGGAGCAGAUGAAGAUGUUAGGACAGAUUAAACCUAGAAAAUGGCAAUUGCUUGGGAAGAUUAAACCAAGAGGGUGGCAAUUGCGGUUCCUUAAAAGGCCCCUUUUAAGAUCCAAGUUUCCAGAUACUGCAGUCAAAACAUCUGAAAAAAUUAUAAAGGAUGCACCUACCACCACGCAUAUUACUGGGAAAUCCCAGUAGAAUUGCUAUUACUAUUAAAGUAUAGAUGGCUGUUGAUGCUGGAUUAGCCUUUCAAUUAGAUAAAACAGAGUAGCAAUGUAGUUAUGACCAAUUAUAGUCAGAUUUUGCACUGAUAUUUUUGUUGUUUUGGCAUGCUGUUGCUCGCCCUUUGUUCCAUAUUCUUCAUCCUUGGUGUGAUGAGUUUUUCAGAUGCUUUUGAUUUAUUUUGAUUAUUGAAUAUAUAUUGGAAGAAAUACACAUACUUCCUUUAAUU